AUGACGAGCCCUCAGCCGAGCUGCACUGCCAGGGGAAAUGAUGUGAUAAUUACGUUCCCCUUUCCCGAGACAUUCCCCUGCCCCUUCUGCAAUGUAGGGGUGCCGUCAAAUUGGAUCCGGUCGGCCGUGUACCAGCGGCACGAGGACCUUGGGAAGCACUUGCGCAUCCAUCACCCUGGCGCAAGUAGAAAGUGGGUCUGCGGGGUGUGUUCCUUCACGGACAACAGUGUCUAUGCACUGAAGAAAGUGAGGAAGCACCACGCGGACUCACAUAAAGGUAGUGAAGAGCCUCGUGCUGCUGGGGCGCGGCCGUCGGUUAGCGCAAGUAGCAGCAACAGUAGCAGUAAUAAUAAUGACGGCGGCAGUGCACCCCCGGCUGAGGGUGAUUCAGCCGAGAAGCGACCCCAAUCAGACGCGACACCGGUCGAGAUGACGCAGAGGCCCUCUCCGUCCCCGAUGGAAGCGGCAGGGACCACCACGGGUGGAGGCGCGCUCACGCGCGCCGCUAAAACUACCCUAACCAACUCCCGGACCACCGUGGCUGCCAAAACCAAGACUGCGCCGAAGAAGAAACCUGUAAUUACUUCAUCGGUGACGGGGAGAAACCUACUGACGGGCUGGGCCAUAAAAACUGCGACAGCGACAAGGAAGAGCGGGAUGCCGUCCAGCCCCGCCGAUGGACGACCUCCAUCCACGGGGAGUCCCGCCGCCCCGCCGACCGUGGACCUCACCACCCCACCAGCGGGGACCGGCACCGCAAAGAGGACUAGCGGCGGGCCAGUAUCAAUGAGGAGGCCAAGCGGGGGGGUAACUUCCAUCUUAACCCCCCCACUAAAAGAGAAAGAGAAGAGCCCGGGGACGAACAGAAGAAGCACCCGGGCCACAACGGAACCUCCUCGACCUGGCCCGUCCCAACGAACCGCCAUCACCGCCACAAGAAAGGUGACACCCGCCGUCACGUAUGCGGAAGUAACGAGGGGCACGUCGACCACAACUACCAUGACCACCAGGAGGAUGACACGGGCAACCUCCCUCCCGCCCGUGUCAAGAGAAGUUGGAGCCGGGGGCGUAUCCACAGCCCAAGCGCCCCCCACCAGGCCGGUGGUCGCGACGUGCACCUUCGCGACGGCGGGAACACUGACCCUGACGACGACCUCGGUCUAUAGCAAACCAGUGGCCGUCGUCACCGUCGCAACAAGAAGGAGCGGGGGUGGAACCUCGCCGAGGGGGCUCAAGAAGAGGCUUCAAGAGGAUACGGUGCUCCUGGAGUCCACGCCGACGACCAGGGCGCGGGCUGCCAGGGCAACCACGGAGCCACCUCGGACCCCCCCCAGGACAAGGAACGACGAAAGGAGGAGCCCGCCAACGGGAAGUGCGACGGUGAACGACAUGGCCAACCAGAAGACGCCAGAGGAGCGCCCUGUGACGAGACGGAGUACCCGGGCGAAGACUAUGUCGCCCGGGGAGACACAAGAGAAGAGAAGGGGGGACGGACCCGUCACCCUACCGUCCCCCACUACAGGGCGCACCGGGAGAAGAAAUCUUCUCCCUGCUAUAGCCGAGGCGUCGCCAGCGGUACCAGCGGCGCCGGUGGAGGAAAUGAAGACUGGAGGAGGAGGAAGAAGAAGAAGAGGAACAAGAGGUAAUGAAGAUGAGGAGGACUGGCGGGACGUCACGCCGCGGAUCACGAGGAGAAGGGCUGGGCGGCAGCAAGAGGAGGGAGCUUUGACGACCCCGUCACCGAAGACGCAGGCGCGGCAGCCACGGCAGCAACAACAGCAACGAGAAGAGGAAAUGGCCCGGGAGCCACCCGUGGUUAAGUAUUAUCGCCAGCAGCGCGACUAA